UACGGUGAACGCACACCGGGAAAAUUGAGAAUGACUACUUCAGUAUCGGAUCGGGACUUCACAGAAAGAUUGAUCGAAGAAGUGAAGAGACAUCCCGCCCUCUACAACACAAGGGAAGCAGGCUACAAGGACCGCUUCAAGGUUGGAGUGGAAUGGCAAGCAGUAGCCUCGUGCCUGGGUUGCACAGCUGAUUCUGCCAAGAAAAGGUGGCAGAACUUACGAGGCUCGUACAGCCGGAGUAGAUGCAACCAAAACCAACCCAAUGGCUCAGGGGCGCCAGCGGAAAAAAAGCCUCAGUUCUACCUGGCACAUCUGAUGAGCUUCCUGGAGCCUCAUAUGCAACAUGGCCCUAUGCAGGGCAAUUUAGGCGCCUCCAAGCCUGAGCCACUGUGGGAGGAGGAUGCCUCUGGAAGUUAUAGCCAGGAUGGCUUGGGCCGAACCACUCCCAGCACAUCAUCACCAUGCCCUUCACCACCUGCUGACGAGCCCGAGUCAGAGACUCAGGAACCUGUCCCGGAACCCGUCAUCGUACAUGCCACGUCUGCAUCUGUAAAACAGCGGAAGAGAGCGGCCCCUGCUAUGGACAAUGAUGAUCUCUUCAAGGAGAAGGCCGCCCGCUUUUUGGAAGCGAAGAUGCAGGCUCACGAAAACAAUUACAAAGAAGACAUUGAAAGUUUAAGGGGCCUUCUGCCUCAUAUGGCCACCCUCUCGCGUAGGAGGAAAAUUACUUACCUCCGCAAAAUUUACGACUUAUUGUUUGAAAUGGUGGAGGAAGAGGAAAAUGAAACAGCUGUGUACAAUUGAUUUUUCUUAAUUUGUUUGUUGUUCUUCAAAUAAAUAUGUGCAAGACUUUCUUGUUUAAUUUAUCUCCCAGA